AUGGUCAACCGAGGAAGUCAUUGUGAACAGUGUAUCGUGUUGCUGGUGCUCGCCCUGAUCGGCAGCAGUGCCGUAGCCUAUCCGUACGCGGAUGAUUUUCCCUACCAUCUGCACCCGGCACACCGCAACCCGCCCGUGGUCGGCCAGGGCGGCAAGAAGGUGCUACUCGGUUCGUCCGGCGCAAAGGGUGCCAGUGGUGGAGGCGAGGGUGCGAGUGAUGCACGGGACCACAGCAAGGACCACGCGUUCGAGGAGGCGGGCGGCAUCAACUCGGCCAGCGACGCUGUGCGCUACCAUCAACUCGACAAUCAACUGAACGGCCACCGAGUGGUGGACGCGAACAAGGGGAGCACUGUGGACAAGGUGAAACACCUGGCGGGGGAGAACUUCGAGGCGGACAAAUCGCACAACCGAAAGCACAUCAAGUCCGGUUUCAGCAACUCGUACCACAAGGACGAGAGCGGCAGCAAGAGCUCGUACUACGAGGACUCGGACGAUCGCGGCGGCAAGCAGGUGUACGACAACCGGCACAACCUGCGCAACGACUACGCGGACAAGCUCUACAGCCAGGAUCGACGCAGCGACUACCUGCGGGACCACUACGACGACCGGGUUGGAGGCACUGACCUGCUCGGGGCACACAACUACCAGCGCGCUAGCGCACUCGAUCGCGGUAACGCACACGGACACCGCGAUGGCUACGCCCACAAUGACCACAGUGAUCAGCACUACGACACGCGUGCGUACGACACGUACGGCUACUACCAUCCGCAGCAGCAUCCAGCUACCAACAGCUACCACUAUACCGCCGAUCCGUACCGCCGACGCUCGGCAUACUACGAGCCUCGGCCGACCUUCACGACGGCGCCCAUUACGAUCUACGAGGAUCCGAGGGACUACGUGGCACCGUACGCGCCCUAUCCAGCCUACCCGUCGGUGCGCGAGGUGCGUGACGGCACGUCCGUGCUCAGUCGGGACGCUGACUACCAGCCGGCAACGUUCGAUGAACUCGGCCAGCGGCGCCGUCUGAUCUAUAAGCCCAGCCCCACACCGCUGCCGUACGAUGGCUUCCGGCACUACUGAGCACACGAAGCACUCGCUCCAAUGCCCCGUUGGACGUUUAAUUUAAUGAAGAGACCGCACGUAACGCGGCUCCGUAUCCGACAUCCUGUUACCUGCAGUCAAAAAAUAUAUACUAUCUCACCGUUUCGUAGUGAUUUGCGUUGGAACAGGAUGGCCGGAAGAAACUAAGUUAUUAAUCUAUUCAA